GGGUUUGGUUUGUAUUUUUGUAUCAAAACAUAACCUAAAAUGCAGUGUGAUAGUGAUUUUAUAAAAUAAAAGUUUUAUUUUAUAUGGCUAAUAGAAAAGUCGAGCAUUUUUAUUUGCUUAAAAAUGUCAAUAGAUACAUAUUUUUGCUUUUGCUGCUUAUCGACGAACGAUCUCUCUUGUUUAUACAGCAAUGAUACGACAACAAACUGUGGCAAUCUAUUGCAAACAUUAUUUAACGUUUCGAUAUCCUUAGAAGAUUAUGAAUAUGACGGAUACAUAUGUAAAGACUGCGCACACAGUCUGAUAAGCAUCCAAAAGUUUAGAACACAAGUAUUUGAAACUCUCAAUAUUCUCCAAAGUAAUGGUUUGAUACAAUUAUUAAAUGAAAAUAAUCAAGUGACCGUUACCAAGAUAGUCAACGAUGCUUUAACUUUGGCAGAGGAAAAAUUUUCUAUUGAUGACCCUGCAAAUCCUAUGUUAUUGAUUGAUGAGAAAUUAGAAGGCACCAUAGAGAAAUCGAUAAUAGUGAAAAAUGAGCCAGAACCAAUUCUAGAUGAUAAAAUCUUAGUAACUGCAAAUCGAACAGAAAAGAAUCUUACAGAGAAACUAGAAGAAAACGACACUGAAAAUAAAAUAACAUGCGAACAGUUGAAAAAACCGGUCACACAAUACGAAGUGCCUGACGAUUUCAAAUGUAACAUAUGUGAAGCGGUUAUGCCUAACUUGUAUACCUACCAUACGCAUAUGAAUCAACAUUACCCAAAUCAUAUCUGUGAAGCCUGCGGUAAAGGUUUCUUGACUGAGAAGAGAUUGAAACGGCACAUGCCUUCGCACAAGACUGGCCCCUUCAAGUGCCAAGUGUGCGACGCUGAGUUUUCCAACUACAACACACUCAAUUCACAUAGACAACGUAAGCACAGCACAGUAGAGCUAUACAAGUGUCCCCAUUGCCCGCAACGUUUCGGUACAUUCACCAGGCGUGCGGUACAUUUGGCGGCAGAACAUCAGUUCUCGACCGGCAAAUACGUCUGCAAGCUGUGCAAUAGGAGUUUCCUUAUAUCGGGUAACCUCAGCGCCCACAUGCGUCGCGCGCACGCGUCCGUCCGUCCGUCGCGCGUGCCGCUCGCCACGUACAAGGACGUCAAACCUCACCGGUGCACGCUGUGCCCCAACAAAUAUCCCCGCAAGAAGGCGCUAGUGGUACACAUGCGCACGCACAACGACGACAGAAGGUUCGGCUGCGAAGUCUGCGGCAAGAGGUUCAUACAGAAAUGCACCUUAUUGGUGCAUGCUAAGACCCAUAAUCGCAAAGCACCAGACGACUCGAACGAAAACAUUGACGCAGAGAAAGCGGAGUACACUUUUGUUAAAUGGAGUGAUGUUAAUAAAAAUUGACUUUUACAAGUUG